AUGGAUCCACCGGAGGCCCCGAAAUCCGACGUCGCUCCGGCCACCGUCUCCGAAUACCUCAACCCCAACUACUGGGAUCGGAGGUUUGCUAAAGAAGAGCAUUACGAAUGGUUGAAGGACUAUUCUCAUUUUCGUCACCUUAUUCUUCAGUACAUCAAAUCCAACUCUGCUGUAUUGGAGCUUGGCUGUGGAAGCUCUCAGCUGUGUGAAGAACUGUAUAGAGAUGGAAUCACUGAUCUUACGUGUGUUGAUUUGUCGCCGGUUGCUGUUGAGAAGAUGAAGCAAAGAUUAAUUUCCAAAGGGCUUAAAGAGAUUAAAGUGCUGGAAGCCGACAUGUUAGACCUGCCUUUUGGGGAUGAGCGUUUUGAUGUGGUCAUAGAGAAGGGAACCAUGGACGUGCUUUUUGUCGACUCUGGAGAUCCUUGGAAUCCUGAACCUGUGACAGUUGGCAAAGUUAUGGCUAUGCUUGAAAAUGUUCAUAGAGUUUUGAAACCCCAUGGUGUUUUCAUAUCGAUUGCCUUUGGCCAGCCGCAUUUCAGGCGCCGAUUUUUUCAUGCUCCGGCUUUUACAUGGUCGUUCGAAUGGAAGACAUUUGGCGAGGGAUUCCAUUAUUUCUUCUAUAUUUUAAAGAAGGGAGAACGAUCAUCAGAUAUCUCAGAUUAUAAUGACGAAAAGGUUAAUAAUGUGCCAUCUGUAUCCAUUUUCCAUGAGGAGUUAGACAACGAGGACUUUUUAUUUCGUGUAGAUCUUGACGACAUGUGA